GACUUUUCAAACAUUUUUCUCUCACAAGAGUCUGUCAUCGUCUGUCUGCUCAGUCACUGCUCCCGUGGGCACAGAAGUAAGAGGAAGGAACACUUUUUUUUCUUCUCUCUUUUUUUUUUUUUUUUAAAUUACGUUUACAUCGAGUGUAUCCAGGAUGGGAACCUGUCGCUUCUAUUUACAUCUGGAAGUCAACUGGUGCACCUGUUGAUCGAGGAAAACUCUCUGUGUUUAACAAUGAACAAAGCUGCUGAGAUGAAGUCUGACACUCGGCUUCAUUUUGAGGACAACGUGAGAUCAGAGGAGAGGAGCAGACUGAACUGUGUAGACUUACCUCAGAGCAGUUUAACAGACGGACAGAACGCAGACCUGCUGCGAUGCCAGGAGACCAUUGACGACAGCUCUCCUAUCAAGUACAGAAGAUAUGGGUCUCGUCUGGGUGGGGUCAAAGUUCGCCACAAGAGACAGGUGCUGCAGGACAUGGCCCGGCCGCUGAAACAUUGGCUGUACAAACACCGGGACAACCCCUACCCCACCAAGACCGAGAAGGUCCUGCUGGCUCUGGGCUCACACAUGACGCUAGUGCAGGUUUCGAACUGGUUUGCGAAUGCCCGGCGGAGGCUGAAGAACACAGUGAGACAGCCGGACCUGAGCUGGGCCCUGAGGAUCAAACUGUACAAUAAAUACAUCCAGGGGAACGCUGAGAGACUGAGCGUGUGCAGCGAUAACACCGACUCAGAUGAUGAAGAGUGUCCCUUACAAACUCCAAUCAGCCAAUCAGACUUUGGCAGGUCAUCAUCCCACAAGAGCGUGCUCGAGAAGCAGGGCAGCGUCCUCGCCAUGGCGGACUCCGCCAACAGUGACGACAGCGCGUCGCCUCCGUCCAAGUACAAGAGCAGUUUACUGAAUCGGUAUCUGAACGACACGCUGCGGCACAUGAUGGUGGCAGAGGCGGACGGCGUCGCCUCGGCCCGCAAGAGGAGGAGCCACUCCGAGUCGUUCAGCUCCAACGAGUGUGAUCGAGAUGUUGUAUCUCCGGCGUCGUCCUACGAAACAGAGGCCAACUUUGUCUACCACAUGGACACAAUGGACUAUACUUCAACUAAAUGUGACAGACAACAGCAGCAUGGCCGAGGCCAGCAGAGACGAGACGAUCAGGGCUGGAGGGAGAUCCACGCCGCCGUUGCUCUGACCAGCUUGGCCCAGGGGCAGAGCUGCACAGCAGACCAGAGCAGCGUGACAGUGCCCAAAGCUGGCACGGGGCAGAGCUGCACCCCAGAGCCCUUCUCGGUUACAAGGACCACUAUCAUGGACAGGAUGUGUGUCACAGGACCCACCGCUGCUCUGAGGCAGAGCUGCACCACGGGGCCCACUCUCACCAACCGCAUCAUCCAGAAGUCCUCUCAUAUCUCUGAAGUCCAGACUGUUAACGUGGCCCUGGCAAACAGUGUGUAGGCAUUUCAUUUAAGCAUCUGGUCUAUCGUUCCAUAUAGGAAUACCAGAUGCUUAAGUGCCUUGCAAUAUCUGUACAGCCUCUGUUAUUUUGUAAUGCUGAUAAACUUUGACGUUUAAAUAAUUUUUACAUUGUAAAAUGGAAAAACUAACCUAAUGCAGUUGAAUAUUUUCUACUGUUAUUGCCAUGUUUCUAAUGUCUUUUGCCAUUUAUUGCCAUCUGUUGCAGUAAGUUAUAUUAACUUCCAUGAGACCGGAUUAUCAUCCAAUGCUAAAGUUUGACAGCAGCUAUUUGAAUAAACCUGAUGUGAAAUCUUUUGA